AUGGAAAUCGCUCCUCCGGAGGCGGACACAGUGAGAUCAAACAAGACAUACGCAUUGCAGCACGAGAGAGACACUCAAGAUACAAUGGAUGCGCAAACAGUUCCGCGGUCAAUUCCUGGCAAUGAAAGCAGCAACAAUUAUCCGAAUACCAUUCCCCAAGAUGCCGAACCGCAGCCGUCUCUCGAUGCAACUACAGAACAGGUUUGGGUACAGCGUGCCCUCGCCGAAAUGACCGACAUGCUCCUCCUCCUACGUCCCGAUGGCACAGUUCUUUACGCUUCGCCCUCCUGCAAGUGGAUUACCGGAUACGAGUCGAAGCAGAUCGAACGUGACGCCCUAUCCCGCUUCAUUCACGAUGACGACAAGCCUGUCUUCACCUGUCAACUCGAAGAGUGCAUCGCCACGGCCCGUCCGCUCCGGUGCCAUUUCCGCUUCUACAAGCCGAAUAAUACCUUUUGCGUCAUAGAAGCGCACGGUCAUCCACAUGUCAAAGACGAGAAUAAUACCUGCAACGGUGUCUUCCUAGUCUGCCGGCCGUAUCCCACCAGGAGCUCGGCGCUACUCGAUUCCUUACUCGAACACAAGAUCGAAAACAUCCGGCUAAAUCAGCGCAUCUCACAACUCAGGGCGGAAGAGGAGGAAGAUUCAAAUGCAGGUCGACAGGCGUACCUCAAGCAAAACUCGGGAUCCUCUGCCCUGCGCCAGAACUUGCCUCCAUUCGCAUCUUACGAUGCGACCGGCUCAGGCGAGGAGAACGAGUCGUCCGAUACGGUCAACACCGAUGAUGGAGAACCGGGGUCGCUUCUUGAAAGCACUACGCGACAGGCACAAGACAUGGCCCACAUCGACGGAAUUGAGAUGAUGACAGGACUGCGUUACCGCGAGGGCGAGCGGUCUCAUGGUCUCAGCACGGGCAUGCGCCAAGGCUGUCUCGUCCAUUGCGAUAUUGAUAUAGCCACGAUUGAGCAGCAAGCUCAGAGCGCACAGGAGAUCGACCGAAGGAAAAGAUUGAAGGGAGAGUAUCUGUGUACAGACUGCGGGACCUCUGAUUCCCCGGAAUGGAGAAAGGGACCGGACGGACCAAAGACCUUGUGUAAUGCCUGCGGUUUACGCUGGGCCAAGAAAGAGAAGAAACGUCAGGAAUCAAACUGA